GUAACCUUGAGUGUUCCGUCCCUCCGUCAUGACCACAUACAAUGGUGUUCCCCUCGACAGAGCUGGUAUCGUCUCGACUGUGAUGGAAGGGCUCUUAUAUGGGUUUUCCCUUUUCAUGUUUGGUAUCACUCUAUGGGUUCUCUUCUAUCACCGGGCGACGAAGGACGUCAAUAGACCCAUGGUUGUCGUUGCGGUGCUGCUCUUUGCGUUCAGUACCAUGCAUCUCGGAGUCGACAUACAUCGGAUCAUGCAAGGUCUUGUGGAUAACAGAAACUUCCCAAAUGGCCCUGCCGCGUGGUUCGCCGAUCCUUCACAGUUCACGUUCGUCUUCAAGAACGCGAUCUAUUCAUUCCAGACUGUGCUGGGCGACGGUGUAGUGAUAUAUCGCUGCUAUAUGGUCUGGCAAUCUGUCUAUAUAAUCAUAUUUCCCUUGAUCAUGUUGUCUGGUGUCGCAGUCACAGCCGCUGGAAGUGUCUGGGCUUGUUCGCAGGCCACUCCAACGCAAGGCGGUAUUUUCUUCCAACGCACAGGACAGUGGAUCACGGCCUUCUACUCAUCUACGCUGUCCACCAACCUUAUCUGCACAUUCCUCCUUGCAUUCCGGAUAUGGCAGAUAAAUUCUCGCGUCCGAAAUCACCAUGGCGGCUCCACGCUCAUGCCUGUGCUGCUCAUCAUCAUCGAUGCUGGUCUAUUAUACUCCGUCACUCUCCUUUCAGCACUAUUAUGUUUCGUCAAUCAUUCGAAUGGGCAAUAUGUUGUCCUUGACAUGGUUAUGCCGAUCAUCUCGAUCGUAUUUUACAUGGUCAUCAUUCGUGUCGGUAUUGCGAAAGUCACCCCUUCACAUCAAGGCGACUCUUCAGGGUUUGGGAAUGCGCUCAGUCAGACACAGAACCGGGACUACGCGAUGCGACCACUCGAGGUACACAUCUCGCAACUCACGGAGAGCCAAAAAGACAAAAUCGAUCAGCGCAGUGACGCCUCGAUCUCAAAGCACGCGGAAGAAGUAUGAGCUACUUCUCGAUAAUGGUGCGUGCAGAUAGACGCGAGGAGUUGGCCCCUGUGUAGCCCUGUUUUUAUCAGCCGUUGUUCCGAUUGACGGUGAUACCCCCCACCCAAAGUGACCUGUCGAAUGCAGCCAGUCGUUUACCAUUUGCUUCUUGUAUGUUUUAUUAUUUUCUUUAUCUCGUGAAGGGACAUCCUUCCAAUGUACCAACGCUUUCGAGGCCCAUCAAUGAAUACUAGUUUCUACAAGAGCGCCCAACCUUC